UCUAUCUAUCCUGAUGCAACUCCAACUUUCUUGUCAUUCAAAGCUAUGAGCUCGUGAUGCCUAGCAGCGCGUAUCUAUACUGUGCGGCACGAGCUCCUUGUAUGGAGCGACACGCGUGAGGAAGAUCGCGCGCAGAUGGGUGGGGGCCUGAUCCGCAACAGCGCGCACAGUCUAAAACAGACUCUUAACGUACUGCCAAACCGGAGGGACACGGGAACGCCCCGCACCCGACUCCCCCUGCCAGUCUCCACAUCUCUGGGGAAACAUCUGAACUAAUUACAGGGCAAAGGCUGAAGUAGCUGGAGGGACCAAAAGCAUCUGAGAUUUGUUUGUGGAAGUAUAGCUGCGCUCAUGGCGGCAGCUCGGCUGCUUUAGGAGGGUCACUUCGGUCAGUGGAUUUUAGAGGGAGAAACUUGUCUGUUGGAUGUCAGUCAGAAGAAUAAUGGAUGCGCUCAGAUUGUCCGCUGCUAUUCUUCUACUUCUGUCUUUAUUCAGCUGUGGAAGCGCUAUACAGUUUCCCGACUCCCAUCUGACCCGGAAAUGGGCGAUGCAGAUGCAGGAGGAGCUGGUGCAGUUGAUCGAUGCUGAGACCGGCAUACAAGAGCUCCAAAAAAUUUUCCUGCAGUUUCGGAACCACUAUAAUGUGAAACAAAACAACGCUACACAGCUGGUGGCAAAAGCUGCACGUGAAAUCGAGAAACUUCUUGCCAGUCGUUCCAAAGCUCUAGAGGCGCUGGCGACGGCUGCGGAGAACCUGCAGAAGGAACACCAGUGGAAGGAUGAUCUUGAUGUUAAUGAUACCAUCUACUACAAUGCCAAGGACAAGUUUGACAUCAAUGACACUGAAACACGCCAUAACUGCGUCAAGCUAGAAUUCAAAGAGGAUCCUGCCUUCAAACGCCCUGUUUCAUACAGUACAACAGCAGUGCACAUUCCCACUGAUAUCUACGAGGGCUGUGAGUACACACACACACACAUCUUUGCAUGCGUUCUUUUUUUACAACUUUGCAUGGUAGCUAAAAUACCAGUUUAUAAAAUCAAUCUUUCAGUGAUAGCUCAGCUUUAUUGCUGGGUGUCAGGUGUGGACAGCCAGAGGCUUGUGGAAAAACUUCAGACUAAAUUUAGAGAGCAGCCCAGCUCAAACGCAGCACGCCUGGCCCCUGAGUGA